CACAGCCUUCGUGUUAAAAACAAAACAUAAUGUUCAUGAUCCUCUUAGUUAAAUAUAGCAGGGACUCGAUCUGUCAAGCAUCUGGGCACAGGAUGACAUUGUUUACUGCGUUCAGGAGUCAGAUAAGUGUUCGGGGGGAAUUUUUUGUACAGUCUGUACAUUCACAAACCGUGAUCAGACAGUGGUCAUUAAAUUAUUAUAUUAACAAAAAAAUUUUUUUUAUAGCUGUCUGGAUGUGGCAUGCAUUAAAAUAGAUGUAUUUGCAUGCAAUAACAAAAGUGCAUGCUUUAAAUUAAAAAGCAGUUGGUCUAAAUAAUGUCUUAUGGACCAGACUAGAAUAUUAUUAUUAGAAUUAUUUAACCUAGCUUAUUAGAGCAAUGCAUUAAUUGCACAGAAAGUCUCAACAUUCAGUUUCAGUUUCUAAAUUGGCUUCAGAUGUGUUGUUGAGCAAUGAUGAUGACAGACAGACUGAGAGAAUCUCCAGCUGCUGUUAUGUGUUGAUCAUGCGCUUUCAUAGCAGAAAACACAUUACUUCCUUCCUGGAAACGGCACAUGGUGGAAUAGAGCUCCUGUUUAUUAUCUGACGCAUUGAUCUCUGUAUUUUACCUUUCUUUGGCCAUGUGAACAUGAAGGACUGAUGCAGUAGCAUCUCUCGGCUGCCAGAGUCUCUGAACAGCGGCAACUUCAGCAUGAACGACAUGACAGCAUCUCUGUUUCCAGGGCAGAGGAUGUCUCCAGCCAAAGCUCUGACUAUGAAAGAUUACGAGAAUCAAAUCACAGCUCUGAAGAAGGAAAACUUCAACCUGAAGCUCAGGAUCUAUUUUCUGGAAGAACAUGUGCAGCAAAAAUGUGACGACUCCACGGAGGACAUUUACAAAACGAACAUUGAGCUGAAGGUGGAGGUGGAGUCAAUGAAACGAGAUCUGGCUGAGAAACAAGAACUGCUUGUGUCCGCAUCGAAAGCAUUAGAGAGUUUAGCCAGUCGAGGUGUUGAUAAUGGCAGAGAGAAGAUGCAGAGACAAAUGGACUCACUCAGAGAAGCUUUCAGCGCUCGGAUUCAAGAACUCGAGGAGUCUCUGCAAGCUGCCCAAGAGGAACUGGAAAGCAUGGCCACCAUAGCUGAACAGGAGAAGCUGAAGAAUCUCGGAUUGGAGAAAGAGCUGCAAGCCGCCAACCAAUCAGGGCCCUCAGCUGAUUCUGGCUCCACCCCUGAACGGCUCAGAGAGCUCCAGCAGGCCCUUCAGGAAAAGGAGAGUGUUAUUGAGCAGCUGCGCGUGUCACUCAAGAAUCAAGAUGCCAUGAUUGGAGAGCUUCGGAGAAAUGACCCGAACCAACCAAUGGCAGAGCAGAUGGCCCAGCUGAACACCCUUAUUGGCCAAAAAGACAGUCAGCUACAGGCUAUUAGGGAAGAGCUAGGCCGUGGGAGAGAAAAUGCAGAAAGAGACAAAGAGGAGUUUGUUGAAAGACUGAAUGAACGGAGCAGAUUGGAGCAGAAAACCAGACAGCUGACAGAAGAACUGAACGUGUCCAAGAACAACAACCAGACCCUCAAACACACACUAGAAGAAACAGAGAGAGAAAUGAAGGCUCUUUCUGAUGAGCUGGAAGAGAGAGAGAUCAAACUGGCUGCGGAGAAGAAGAACUCUCUGAAACGAGACAAAACCAUCCAGGGCCUCAGUCUGGUUCUCAAAGAGAAGGAGAAAGAGAUUGAGGAUCUAUCUGGUGAUCUUGAAGAGAAGGAUCAGGCUCUGGCUAAGGCUCGAGAGGCCCUUCAUAAAGCCAAACUACAGAAAUAUCAGGGGGCUGAAGACCAGCAGUCUCUUUUCCUGGAGCAGCAGGCUGAAUUGUCACGUCUCCAGGCAGAAGCUCGCUCUUCUCUGCUGGAAGCCCAGAGGCUGCAGCGUGUGCUUGGCAGCAGAGAUUCAGAGCUGUGCCUUCUUCAGCAAGCCAAACUAGAACUGGAACAAGAGCUGGAGCAGCUACAGCAACAGAAGAAGAAGGGAGACAAGACCAUUAACGAUCUUCAGAACCAGUUGAAGAAACUAAAUGGUGCUCUGUCUGACAGAGACAACACUCUAGAACAGCAGCGUCUAGAACAGCAAGAACAAAACCGUGCUGCUGAUCAGAAACUACAGAACGCCAUAGAACGACUCACAGCCAGCCUGAAUCAUAAAGACCAGCAGCUACAGGACUAUAUGAACAUGGUUAAAGAUCUGGAGAAGAAUAAAACCCAAGAGGAAGGUGAUCCCAUAGUAGCCAAACUGAGAGCAAGACUGAAGGAGAAAGAGAAAGCACUUGAGAAAGCCUUGGAUGAGAAGUUUGCAGCGGUGGAGGAGAAAGAAAACGAGAUCCAUUUGCUGCAGCUGAGCUUGAGAGAGAAAGAAAGAGAUUUGGAGCGCCUCAACAAUCUGCUCUCACACAACGAGGAGACGGUUAAUAGUUUUGAUGCUCUCAUAAAGGAAAGAGAUCUCGAGCUGCAGCAGCUGUUGAACUUGCUGAAGAAUCUUCAGAGAUGUAAAGACGAGACUGAACAGAACCUUCAGAGGGCUCUGAGAGAGAAAGAUGCCAUUAUACAGCAUUUACAGCAAGCCCUGGACAACAAAAUGAGAGACAUGGAGGAGAUGGCCAAUAGGGUUCUGAACCAAUCAGAGUCUCAGGGUCGUGACCUCGCAGAGCAGAUGAGUCAGAGGUUAAAGGUCACAGAGGCGAUGAUGUCAGAGGCGGUGAAGGACAGAGAGAGGCUAGUGUCCGAGAACCAAACCGCUGUAGAAAACCUGCUGGCCAACAUUAGCAGCAAAGACCAGCUUCUGAAGGAGAGUGCGGAGCAUCACUUACAGGCUCUGAAUGAUCGUGCUGCAGAAUUGAAGGAUCUUCGUAAGGAGUUGGCAGACACACAGCUGCAGCUCAGAAACACACAGAGACUGAACGCCACAGCCACGCAAGAUGGUCACCUAGAGACUGCUGAACUCCGUGCAAUGUUGGCGGAGAAGGACGCCCUCAUCAAUAAGCUGCUAGACCGUGGACAAAAGAAAGAUUGCAUCCUGUUGGAAAUGAAGACGAGUGAAAUGCUUCCUCCUCAGAUGCUGGAGCUCAGACAGACUAUUGAGGUGUUUCAAGAGAAACUUGAGGAGAGGGAAGCUGAGCUGAGCAGGCGAAACAGUGAGGAAACUAUGGAUAUAACUACAGACAGUAAGAAAUCGGUGGUUUUGAAGAAAGAGCUCACACAGAAAACAGAUGCACUCAACGCCGCUCUGAAGAGAGAGAACCAGCUUAAGAUUUCAUUAGCAGAGCUUCAAUCCACGAUCUCCGAGCUGGAGGCACGAUUAGAAGGACAGGCAGCCAAUAUUGAAUCCCUUACAUCAACUCUCAACACUAAAGAAGAAAUCAUUACUGAGCUGCACCAGCGUUGGUCUCAGAGAGGGGACAGUCGACUUCCUCUGACCCGGGACCAAGCUUCCCAGCUGGGUGAGAGUGAAUACAGCCUCUCCUCUCUCCCUCAGAGAGAAAGAACCAUCAUUGGAGGAGAUCGCCAACAACAGGAUGUUGCAUCUUUAUCUGAUCUGCUGACUGAGCAGAUGGAGUUAAACCGAGCUCUGAGAGCUGAGCAACAUCUCUACUCUGACCUCAUCAGAGCUGUCAAAGAGUGUGACGGUGUUGAUAGGCUGCAGGCACUGCAGCUGGAGCUCACAGCUCUAUCACUCCUCAGAGAGCAGCUGGAAAGGGGAGUCAAGAUGAACACAGAGCUGAGAGAACAGCUACAGAAAGAGAUCCAGAGAGCCAAACAGAGAGAAGGUUCAAACCCUUCUGAGUUAGAGAGCAUGCGUGUUGCACUGGAGGAAGCUCAACGCUGGAACGCCUCUCUGCAAGCCAGACUGGGACAGAUCCAGAACCGGGGAGGAGGGGUUGGACAGGCCAACGAAUCUGUAGACACGCUGAGUUUGAUUGGCGACCAGACGUCCUAUAUGAGUAUAUUUGUUGGCGAUGGGCCAGAGGAAGAGCUCCAGCACUUGACCGUUGAACAGCUCAGAAUAAAGGUUUUAGAGCUUCAGGCAGUCAAUGCGGAACUGCAAAAGAAGCUUCUUCAGAUGGAGAAAGACAUUUUGGGUAAAGAUUGUAUAGACUUUCAGAAAGAACCAGACCUAUUCAACCUCUCAACUCCAAACAAGCAAACACCGAUACAGCAGAGACCGACUUCUGAAGAUGAUGUGACACUAAUGCCUCCAAACACAAAGGAGAGAUGUGUUGAGGGAGAUCGUUCUCCAGAAGAUGUUGGUGACAGUAAUCAACCAUCACAGACUCAAAGAGAGCAAGGUGGAGUGCAACCAGCACCAAGAUUCUUUAGGGAAGAAUCGGAAACAGAAGAACUCCGAUUACUUCUCUCAGAUUGUGGAGCAGAGUCAGUCUCUCAACUCCGGAAGCAAGUGGCCAAACUCCACUUGGAAGCAUCUGUACUCUGUGGAUUUUUAAAGAAGGAAAACGCCACUGAGUCCAAAGAAAGUGCAGAGAGUUCUGGAGAAAGUGACAGCCAUGGAGACUUGCACCAAACCGUGAAGGUGCUCCGCUCAGAAGCCAGAAGCCACCGAAAGAUAAUUCGACUGCUAAAGGAGCAGCUGCAGCAGAGCUCGGUUUCAGAAGCCAGAAUUAAAAUUUACCCAAAGAUGAUGGAAGGCAUGGACGACAACAUGGAACAACUGCAGACACAUCAUGAAGAUUCGCAGAGACACACCAACACACUGGAGAAAGAUAACAAACAAAAAGAAAAGAAAGAAAUGGAGGAGAGAUAUGAGAGACGAAACCAGGGACAAAGCACCAAACCCACCGAGAAUCAAAAGCAGCACAUGACCAGACAUAAAGCAUAUGUAAAAUCUCGGCUACCAGUACCUGUUUGUCCCAGCAGGAGUUCUGGGCAGAGUUCAGAAGAUCUGAGUGGGCUGAAUUCAGGCCACAUUCACCCCAGAAACAAAGACUACCUGACUGGGUCGGAAGAGUCUGAUUAUAGCACGGACAGCAAGAUGCCUUUGAGAUCAGCUGACCACAAACACCUCAAUUUAGACCAUUUUAAAGAUGCUAGAGGAUCUAAUCUCCCACCAAAGACAGCAAGUCCAGGAAUGGGACGAGCUACAGGCAAAAGCUACGCGUGCAGCUUGGACUCGGAGUGUGGAAUCGGUCAAACAGGAGAUGUAACAUUGCAGCAACGUUGUGCAGAUCUUCAGAAGGCUGUUGAGGAGAAAGACCGACUCAACGCUCAACUCAUGGACUGCUUGAACUCUGCAGAAUCCACCAUUGCAUUGCUCCGAAAUGUCGACACUACAAGCAGCCAAACGGAACCAACUAAGGCACUUUGCGAGAGAUUUGAGCAAUUGAUUGAACAGAUCAGAAUUUCUCAGCAAAGCGACCACAGGUCAAAAGACACUCACAGCACAGAGGUUGGUCCAGCGCUAGGACCUGAAUCUGAGCUACGGCGACAGAUAGAAUCACUGCAGGAGUCACUGUUGCAGCAGUGCAGGAUGAAUGCUGAACUGCAGGAGAAGCUCUGGACUUCAGAAGCCGCUGUUAAGAAGUUGAGUGCAGCUGUCAGUGCCAAGUGCAACAACGCACCCACAGGUCUGGAGGGGAAUUACACUCCUGGACCAGAAGGAAAGGUCCUGUCUUUGCAGCAGAUGACAGAGUGUCUAUCUGAAUGCAUUAGAGCUGCUGAAGGCGCAGUCAAGUCUUUCACAGACAUUUGCUCCAAACCAAGCCAGUCUCAUGAGGAGAUCUUGUCCAGUCCAGAGUUAAAACAAUGGCUGGAGAGGCUGCAACGCUCUCUGCUGGAGAGAGAGUCUCUGGAGGACCUAGCCUGUACUGAAAGACACCAACAGAAGACAAGCACACCCAUUCACAACCCUGAGAGUACUAAAACAGAAUUGCAACAGAAUGUUCGGGAGCCUGUUUCCUCAAACCAGAAUCUUCAUAAGAACCUCUUGAUGCUUCUUCAGAUUCAUACCGAGUGUGCUCAGAAAAUGAGCGAUCUUGAGAAAGUUGGAAGGGGGCGUGGCCAAAGUGGAGGAGGUGGAGAUGCGCCUGGAAAUGAAAGUCUGGAGAGGAACGUCCAGAUCGACAGUUUGCAGAAGGCCCUGAAAGAGAAGCAGAGGGCAUGUCGGAAAAUGGAAGAGAAACUGGCGAUCGCUCAGUCGAUCAUCGCUGUGUAUGGCUCGAAUAAGGAGAAACAGUCUGAUCAACGUAAAGCGCCCCCUGGUGAACGGGAUGAUAAAGGGGUGCAGGUGGAGGCGCAGGACCUCGGGUAUGAAACGAGUGGAAGGAGUGAGACUGAGGUGGAGGGCAGUAGCACAGAUGUGGAUGGUAUCUUGCGGUUGGUUCCCACUCCAUCUCCUGUCCUAGCGAGCAUGCAAGAACGAUUUUCGCCUGACACUACCGCAUCCAGCCCCUCGUACCCCAGCUCUCCUGGCCUGAGCUCCCCUCGACUCUCUGACCCUCACGCCGACCCCAACCUGCACAUCCAGCAGCUCAGGUCACAGAUCGAAGGACAACACAAAAUCAUCCAGCACCUCCAGAGACAGCUGAGUAAGAAGUCUUUGUCGUCUGAGCUCCUGAGUGUGACCUCUGACCCCACACCAGGUGAAGAAGAGGAGGAAACAAAGAUGAUGAAGUCUCAGAUCACCCAGUUGAGCGUUGAGCUAAAAAGAGCGGGAACCCUGAACAGAAGCAGCCAAGCAGGCUCUCCAUCCAGCAGAAUCGAGUCUCUGGUCCAGUCUCAGGCCCGGGAGUUGUGUGAGCUGCGGGAACAGAUCCGUGUGACUCGUGGUUUGGGUGUGGAACAGCGUAAACAGUUUCUGGAGCUCAGAAGAGCUCUAGAGGAGUUACUUCAGCCCAAUAACAUGCACUCCGCUCAGGGAACCCAGCUCAGAGAGCAGCUGGAUCACAGCCUGAGCCUUCUGGAGAGACUGGAGCAGGUUUCUACAGGAGGGUCUGGUAUGGAUAAUGAGGAGGAAGCAGAGACAGAGAUGAAGCUCAGACUCUCUGCAGGGCUACAGGAAAAAGACCGCCUCAUUCAGUCUCUGCAACAUCAACUGCGCAUGCAAGUUCCCAGAAUGCACCAGUGCUCAGACUCCGAGAGGAGCGACAGACUGUCCAGUGAAGGCAUAACCUCUUUCCAUGACAGCCCCCCUGCUGGCCGCAGACAGACCCCCAACAGACUUCACACAGAUGCAGGGCUGGGAUCUGGGGGCGUGGCUGUUGAAGGGGGCGUGGCCAAGGGUGAAGAGGGGAGUGUUGUAAUGCUACAGCGGGAGAAUGGCCAUCUGCAGGAGCAGCUGAGAAGCAGCGAGGAACUGAACGCUACACUUCGUAGUGAACUGGACCUCACUCUAUCUAUCCUGAAGCACAGCCCACAGAAAAAGACCGAAGACAAACAGUCGGAGCACCAGAACACGUCAGCGAGCAAAACCAUCAGCUCAGAUCUGUUAGCAGAACACCUUCAGGAGAUCCGAGCGUUGCGUCAGCGUCUUGAAGAGACGAUCACAACCAAUGAGAGACUCCGAGAACAGCUAGAAAGAAAGUUACAGGAAGCCGAAAAAGACUCAGCAGCCACUAACAUCUUCAUCGCUGGUUCUGAGGAUCACGCUCACAUCAGCAGUGAACUCCACUUCCUCCUCGCCCAAAACCACACACUCAAAGAGCAGCUCAACCAGGGAGCACGAGAUAAACAGAAGGAGAACGACCACCUGAGGGAGACUCUGGCCAGACGAACUGCUAAACUAGAGCUGAGCAGAAAAGAGAGUGAAACACUGAAACAGGAGAAAACACAACUACAGGACAAACUGUAUAGAUUGCAGUGUGAGAACAGUCAUCAGAGGCAGCAGUUGUGUGACACCCAGCAGCUCUUGCAGUCUGUGCGUGUGGAGCUGCAGGUGCAUGAGCAGAUGAAGACCUCCACACACACUCACACAGGUGAGGGCCGUGGCUCUGAGAGCAGUUCAGCGGUGGAUCUGAGCGAGCUGUUGGCUGAGAUCAGACAGCUGCGUGUUCAGCUGGAGAGAAGCGUCCAGAUCAACAGCACACUGAGACAGAGACUGGAACAACAGCUGCUGACCCACACUGACCCCAGAUCAGCCAUCAACGUCCACUACCUGCUGCCCACAACAGAUGAAGCUGGUAAAUCAGAUGUUCUUCACUUGCAUACAGACUCUUCCAGUGCUGCUUAUGACAGCGGUAGUUCAGUGGACUCUCACGUCCCGUCCCGGCUGGUCCCGGGUCACCGGCUGUGGGCGGACAGACGCGGGCGACACGUUCUGGGUCUGAUCGAGGACUAUAACGCCCUGCGCAAACAGAUCAGUGAAGCCAAGAGAGUCACUGCAGAUCUGGACACACAGAUGCAUGGCUGCGGCCGGGCUGUCUCUGUCAGUGUGAGCACCAUGCAUCAGGCUCUGGAGGAAGCCGCUCGACUUCUCAAACUGCUCUGGAGAGUCUCCGUACCCUCAGGAGACGCCACACACACUCAACAGGAGGAGCUGUUGAAGAGUGAGAUCAGUCGUCUGAAGACUCGUCUGUCUCAGCAGGACCGGAUGCUGAGCGGAGCGGUCAAACGCCUCAGAUCCACCAACCAUCUCAAAGAAGGCAUGGAGCGCAUCAUCAUCGACCAGCUGUCUCUGACUCACGGCGUGCUGAAGAGAGCCAGAGGAAACCUGGAGUCUAACUAUCUGAAUGUUUUUGGGCUGAAGGGUCUUCAGGUGGAAGGAAGUUCCACUGAAUGGCCAGUGACCAAUCAGCAGUCAGGGGCGUGGCCUGUCCUCCGCAGCGUUCAGCCUGCAGUGAAACCUCCUCCCACUGCAGCUGUUAAAUCUGUUGAAUCUUAACAUAUUGGUUUUCUCACCCUUUUAAUUUGCAUUCUUAAUUUAUUAGUGUACGCUAAUACCGUCCAGAAGUAUUUGCACAUGUACAGUAAGCAUUUAACUGUAAAAGGGAAUGUUUGUUUAAUAUCUGAAGAGGUUUUCUCCUGUAAAUACUUUGAGCUUUAGUUUUAAACUGGUUUUAGACAGUCUCCUGUUCACUGCCGGUCUCCUGUGAUGCUGUAUUAUCCUGCUUAAGAUUUAAAAUGUUGAUGUAAAUGAGUGUUACAUGUUCAUUAAAUGAGCUCAUGGUUUAACA